AUGAAGCAAAUGAAAGUGGAAACUGAAGAUGUCUAUGGAAAGAUAACACAGCCAAUACCCCCACCGCCACCUCCACCACCACCACCACUUCCAAGGUUCUGGGUUCGGAACAAUGUUACUGAGAGUGUCACAAAGCAAGAGAUUGCUAAGUUUUGGAGGCAGAAGCGUAUGGAGGAAGAGGAUCACUUCCUUGCUGCUAUCAAGGCUGCUGCACGGUUCAGGGAUGAACUCGUAGAGGUUGCAAAGCCUCAAUUUAGAGUUGAUACCUCCCAUAGAAGUCAAGAGGAUGACUAUAAGCAAUUUGAAGAUUCAUUGAAGGAUGACGAUGAUGCUAAAGAGAACGACACUACAAGCCUCAAUAGCAGCAAAGAUGCCAAGAACAACAGCGAAGUCCGCGUGGGAAUAAAGGACUGCAAUGGAAGCGAUCAAGAAGGUCUUGAUUAA